AUGGAGGAACCCUCUCCACCGCAUAGCGCCCUCUCAACCGCAGCAGGCCGAGGCUGCUUUGUCACAACAAUCGUGGCUCUGGUCGUCCUCCUCGCUGGCCUUGUACUCCGGGUCUGGGUGCAGGUCAAGCGACGCCAACCAAUCAAAAUGCACGAUUACUUCUACUUCGCUGGGUUCCUCUUUGCGGUCGCAUACUCGACCACCUUCCUCUAUGCAAUAUACCCUCUGGGGCUUGAAAUGCUCAAUCAGGAUUUCGCGCGCGUACAUCCCAAGCGCGCCGUGCAGCUGCUGAAGCUCAUCACUGCAAGCCCAAUCCUAUGGGCCAUAGCAACAACACUUGUGAAACUAUGUCUACUUGCAUUAUUCUACGAGAUCUUCCCCUCGGCGCUUGUCAGAUACCUCAUUGGGGUCAUUGCUGCCCUCAGCAUCAUGCUUGGCCUUUCAGGAAUCCUUCUUGGUGUUCUCAUGUGCAAGCCAUUCGCGUACAACUGGGACAAGACAAUUCGGAGCGGCCACUGCGGGAACAGCGACGCCAUGCAAAUCGCACUGUCGUCGGCAAACAUGGCCAUCGAGCUCAUGAUUAUCAUCCUCCCAACAUCAAUCCUGUGGAAACUUCAAAUGCCCCGCCGGUCCAAGAUUAUUCUGAAUGUCGUGUUUAGUCUGGGUCUUUGUGUCUGCGCAAUGAACCUAACACGCGUUGUGCUUGUCUGCUACAAGAGCCGCACGGGUUUCACCUACACUGUCUUGUUAACUGUCCUUCUCUGCACGCUUGAUGUCAACAUUGGACUAAUCUGUGCGUCAACGCCCACGCUCGCAUCGCUAGUGGUGGCAAGGAGGAGCGGCAGCGAGGAGGAUCGAGCAACUCCGUCGCCGGUGAUCAAUAGCUUCGCACGCCGGCGGAUGAAGUUAAAGGCACAGCUGUCCAGGAGUCAGAGGGCCCGGGACAAUGAUAUUAGUCUGCUGUCAAUGAAUACCGAGGACAACGAAACGUUACAGCAGGGUAGCGGGUUAGGCAGGUCGGUGGGGGACACCAGUUCGGUGACUGAGGGUGAGGUUGCUGAGGGGAUUUAG